UAUAUAGAUUUAUAAUAUAAUCGCUGAACGUGAAAUAGUUCGUGUCGGUGUGUAAAUUUUUGAUGUAUUAUUGUUUUUAUAUGUUUUUUUUAUUUGGUCAUGCCAUUGUAAAUGGUCUGUUUGUGCUAAAGGUUUGCAAUUCGAUAUAUAUUAUAGUUUCAUGCUUGAUGUGGAAUUUUCAUACAUAUGUCGUUCUGUAAGUGUUAUGUCUUUUAAAAUGAGUUUGCACUAGUUUUUGUAUUUAUUACCUAGUCUUUUAUGACAAUCAUACAAGUCACUGCACAGUGGCAUCUCCGAGCUAGCCAGCAGUUUGACGCAGUUUUUUUCAAUGUGAUCUUGACUAAUGAUUAUUAGGAUGUCUACGUUGGAGCUCCUUCACAUCCCUAGACUGUCUGUUUCUUAUAUAUACUACUUUAUAUCAAGCAAAUGGAGAAGAUAUAAUUGAUAUUAUGGAUGGUGAUGAAGAAGAGGUUCAAGUAGAAAUGGAAAACAUUCCAGUAUCAGAAGAACCAGAUAUUAUUGAAAAUGCUGUAGUUGAAAAGGAAGAAACUGAUGAUGAAGAAGAAAGAACUUUACUGUCAUCACCAGAUGCUGAUACUUAUUUCUUGUUCACAAAGCCAUCUGGCUCUUCCUUAGAGAUACCUGCUGGAAAAGAUGUUCAGUUUUUGGUUGGAUUUACUAAUAAAGGAGUAAAAGAUUUUGUUGUAGAAACAAUGGAUGCAUCAUUUCGUUAUCCAGUAGAUUUCAGUUUUUAUAUUCAGAAUUUCAGUACUAUUGCUUAUAAUCGUCUUGUAAAACCUAAACAACAAGCAACCUUUUUUUAUACGUUUUAUGUCAGUGAAACAUUCAGUUCUCGUCCGUUUGGUUUAACAGUUCAUCUUUUAUAUGCAGAUUCGGAUGGCAAACGAUUUUUGAAUGCAGUAUUUAAUGAUACUGUUAAUGUUGUAGAAAUUGAUGAAGGACUUGAUGGAGAAACGUUUUUUCUUUAUGUUUUACUUGCUGCUUGUGGAGUACUGGUUCUAGUUGGUGGUCAGCAAUUUUUGGCAUCAUUUGGGAAGAAGAGGCCAACAAUGAAACAAAAAAUUGAGAUGGGAACUCAAAAUGCAAAUGAUGUGGAUUAUGAUUGGUUACCAAAGGAAACCUUACAGGAAAUCAGAAAAUCACCAAGGAAAUCUCCCCGACAGUCACCUCGACAACGGCGAGCAAGACGCAGAACAGGGAACAUUGACGAAUAAAAAACAGGAUUUUAUUCGCACGAUCAAAAAUUGAAUUGAAAGUGCCAGUUCAAAAUGUUCUUUGAAUGAAUGAUUCUGUAAAAAGUGGAGACAAUAGAAUGACGAGUGUAAGCGUAAAUGAAUCAGGUGGUGGUGAUGAUUGACAGAAAUGGAGAUGUACCCCGUGUUGGAAAAAAAAAAAAAUGAUCUUGUUUUUCACAUCAGUUUACAUGAUAUUUAUGCUGGGUUGUUACUUUUUAAUUUAUUUCAUUUACUUGCAAAUAAAAUUUUUAAUAUUAUAAUUA